CUCCACUAGAGUUUUAUCCCGGGAAAAAAAAAAAAAGAAGCAUCCCACUAGAGUCGCACUUGAAAUGGGUUUCGGGUAGGUUCGGUUGGAACCUUCGUACGGAGCGUGGAGGGAAACAGAGAGGGUGAAGAGCUCGGACCCAUCGACAAUAAAUUUGCUGCUCCUUCUUUCCUCUACUCUUGCCGUUGCUCGCCAUCUUGCACUUAGAUCAGAAGAAAAGAGGAUAGCAGCUUUGGGCUUAUCGACCUUGAGGAGAAGAUGUCGGAUUUGACCAGCUCCCACGCCGGGGAGAGUUCUAUCUCUGCACUUGCUCCCCUUGAAGCAAUUUUGUUUGAUGUUGAUGGGACACUGUGUGAUUCAGAUCCUAUGCAUUACCAUGCUUUCCGAGAAAUGCUGCUAGAGAUUGGUUACAAUAAUAGUGUCCCAAUAACUGAGGAGGACUUCAUUGAGAAAAUUGCAGGCAAGAACAGUGAGGAUAUCGCCAAAACUUUAUUUCCCGACUGGGAUCGUGAAAAGGCUAUGAAAUUUAUUGAUGAUAAGGAAGCUAGGUUUCGGAAGUUGGCAUCUAAACAGUUGGAGGCAAUAGAUGGUCUCUACAAGCUACGAAAAUGGAUCGAGGAUCGAGGUUUAAAGCGUGCAGCAGUGACUAAUGCUCCAAGGCCUAAUGCUGAGCUUAUGAUUUCGACUCUUGGCCUGUCUGACUUCUUCCAGCAUGUGGUAAUUGGGAGUGAAUGCGAGAGAGCUAAACCAUUUCCUGAUCCUUACCUGAAGGCUCUCAACCUUCUCAAUGCAUCUCCAGAGCACUCAUUGGUGUUCGAUGAUUCUGCAUCAGGAAUAAAAGCUGGUGUGGCAGCAGGGAUGACUGUGGUUGGAGUUAUGACAAGAAAUCCUGAAAAAUCACUUAAGGAUGCAGGAGCCAGUUUGCUUAUAAAGGAUUACAAUGAUCCAAAGCUUUGGAAGGCAUUGGAAGAUCUAGAGAGAGCUGAAGCCACACUGAAGAAGGCUGAUGUCUGAGGUGGAUUUGUUCGGCAUUAGAUGAUGGGAAUGAUGUGGAAUAGGGGGAGAUAAUAGCAAUUCAACAGGAGAUUUUUAUUUGUUUGCAGCAAAUUUAUACAAACAUAUGCAUAUUUUUGUAACGAUGAGGUCCUCUUGCACCACAAAUGAUCAAGAAACCUGCAGUCAUCAGCUUGCUUUUACUUAUGGUAAAAUCAGAAAUGUUGUUCCACUAGUUAUCAAGCUUUUGAGAAUAGUGAUAAAUAAAAAACAGUAAAAUGGUAUUAUAAUCA